AUGCCGCCCGUAGCCAAGAAGUUGUAUUGGCUAGCCUCCACCUGUGCAAAAAGACCUGUACCAGGGUUUCCAGUGUCUUUUAUGCCGAAGUUUGUCUUCCUCCUGACUGGCCUGACAUUUGGACCUUCCCUGGCAAAGGCCAGGCAAUCUCCAUUAGUGGACAUUUUAAUGGGGAGGGAAAGAAAAAGAAGAAAGAAAGAAAGGAAGGAAGGAAGGAAGGAAGGAAGGAAGGAAGGAUGUGUGCAUAUGAAGAUUGAAGAAAAAAUUGCAUUGACCUGUGGACGAGAUGGAGGCUUACAGAACAUGGAGUUACAUGGCAUGAUCAUGCUGAGAAUCUCAGAUGACAAAUUUGGUCGGAUUCGUCUACACGUGGAAAAUGACGACAAGAAGGGAGUACAGCUACAAACCCACCCAAAUGUGGACAAAAAACUGUUUACUGCAGAGUCUCUAAUUGGCUUGAAGAACCCUGAGAAGUCAUUCCCAGUCAACAGUGAUGUUGGAGUUCUAAAGUGGAGGCUACAGACCACAGAGGAAUCUUUCAUUCCAUUGACAAUUAACUGCUGGCCCUCUGAGAGUGGAAACGGCUGUGAUGUCAACAUAGAGUAUGAGCUGCAAGAAGAGAACUUGGAACUGAAUGAUGUAAUCAUCACCAUCCCACUCCCGUCUGGAGUUGGUGCCCCUGUAAUUGGUGAGAUUGAUGGUGAAUAUCGCCAUGACAGUCGACGAAACACCUUGGAGUGGUGCCUGCCAGUGAUUGAUGCCAAAAACAAGAGUGGCAGCCUAGAAUUUAGCAUUGCUGGGCAGCCUAAUGACUUCUUUCCCGUGCAAGUCUCCUUCAUCUCCAAAAAGAACUAUUGCAACAUACAGGUUACCAAAGUGACCCAAGUAGACGGGAAUAGUCCUGUAAGGUUUUCCACGGAGACCACCUUCCUUGUGGAUAAAUAUGAAAUCCUGUAAAACCAAGAGAAGGGAACCGAAAAGGAAGAUUUUUAAAUAAAAGAAGAAACCCACAAUGGCUAAAGAGUUUUUUCCAAAUCUGCAAGCCACUGGAAAUCUUUUUUUCUGAUAAGACGCACGAUUCUAUAUGCGCAAGGACCCUCAACUCAUCCCCAGUUCCAGGGUCUCAGAGACAUUCUUUGGCAAAGAAUUGACAAAAGCUUAAGGGGGAAAAGGCUGCUGACUUCUUUGGCAGAUCUCUCUGGCCAGCAGGAAAGCAGGCUCCCCAGAGAACACCACCACUGGUUAAAUAUCUUCCAUGCUCCACCCCUCAUUCCCUAAUGCAGUUGCACCUCAUACUUUCUUUGUUUAAAGGUUUUCUCUGCAUAUAGAGAUUUUACUCUUUUUCGAUCCCUUUUACUCCCAGCCUUCUUUUUGGUCACUUCAGUCAGGCACUGGGAUCUUUUUGUACAUAAGCACUGCAUUUAUUUGUCACUCCUUGUAAGUGAAGGUUUUGAUUUUUAUAAUGGGGUUCUGGAGUGAAAACACAAAGAAUGUCUUCUAUCCCUGUUCCAUUUUCCUUCACCCUCCCUACCACACCUCCCCCUACUUCUCUACUCAGCACACUCCCAAGAUGUCCUUCAUUCAGGCUGAUACCCAAGAAUAUUGCUGAGAAUUGAAUUUGAAGUCAAGAAUAGGUGGUAGCUGCCUUCUUUUUGGGACUAAGUGGCAGCUCUCUUGUGGUCUCAUGAUCUUCACUUGGGAAAGAAUAGGAAACCUGUUAGAAUGAUGCUGCUCCUGGGGCCCCAAAUUAGAGCUUAUCCAUCCAUAGAUAUAAUCAUGUCUGUUGCCAAGGUUCCCUUGCAGUUAUCCCAUUUGAGGCACUCUGGCUUUAAGGUUUAAGUUUCAUACUUUUAGAAUCUUUGUGAUCCAUUUAAAAUCCUGUAACCACCACCUUCCUCCUGGCCAUUCUGAAUGUUGUGUCUGUCCUCAGAAUCCUAGACAGGAAUAGAACAGUGGUUUUUUGAAUCUGAAUUAAUUGAAUCUCAACUAUCUUGUUGACCUAUAACAUUAAAGGGAUUUCCCCUUGCUACCAAGUUUUAGGUCUUUAAUAAGCAGAUGGAAAUUUCUCAUGGUAUGUCCUGGAAUGGGGCCAUUUUCUGCCUUGUGACACUUUCCAUCUAGAUUAAAAAAAAAAACACUUAUUGAAAAGCCCACUUUUCCUCUUCCUUUUUUAAUCCUUUUCUUCCCAGUAGCAUCAGGUGCUGGUUUGUUUUCCAUGUCAGUUUACCUACGGUAAGAAAAAAAACUCAAGAGAAAAACCAGUAAGAAAAAAAGCCAGCAGAGCUUGGAUUUGUGUCCACUGAACUCGAUAAGGGUUGCUUCAGUAAAUGCAUCCCUGUGCUGCUGCAACCACUGGCAGAGGGGACAAGCAAACAACUCAUGGAUAAAAAUACUCAUGCACCUUUAGCCAAUGAAAGAACCCUGCUCUCUCCCUUGUAGAGAGUGUGCUUGAAGCAGUCCAUACUUUUAUAAAGGGCCUUGGGAUUGUCUUCCAAGGAAGUUCCUGCCUCCUCCUCCCCUUUUUUUCCUUUUUUUUUUUUUUUCCUCUUAACUGCAUCAGGGAGGAAUCUUCAUCUCCAGCUUGGUUUCCAUGUGAGGGUUUUUGAGGGAGGGGGCCAGGGAUAAGAAAUUUGUCAUGUAGUUAAGUAGGUGAGAAAUAUUAUUAAUCCAAUUUUGUUCAAGAGAUGCUUGUCCGUAUGAUUUAAAAAAACAGUCAAGUUUAGUUUCACAGGAACUUUUUUUUUUUUUUUGAAAUUACUUUUGGGGUAAUAUUUAAAAUGAAAGAAGUUUUGUAACCCUGUAAAAUAAUUACAUAGGGAAUAUAACAUUCCAGUGUACACAAAGAAUACAAAUUCUUUAAUCAAAUAAAGAGUAUUAUAAAAUCA